CUCUUCGGCGCACUCGCGCCCGCCACCAAGCCCGCGCAGCCGCCGGCCGAGUCUGGUGGCGGCGACGCCGUGGCAGAGGCUGCUGCAGUCGCGGCUCGGGUUGCUCCAAUCGCAGCCGGCGCCGCGGUCGUCGCCGCCGCCGGUUUUGCAGGCUUCAAAGCCGUGUCGGGAGGAGAGGAGCAGGGUGUGGACGAGGCGGCGCAGCUGUACGAGGAGCUUCUCGGAGGAGGGGGGGAGGGCUCAGACGGCGGGUUGACGGCACCGGCACCACCACCGGCGAGGUCGGAGCAAGGCGCAGAGCCGUUUGCCGCUGUCACCGCCGCCGCACCAACAGAAGCGGCAGCUGUUGCGGCCGCGAGGGAGGAGGACGAGGGCGAGGACGCGGCGGUUGGCGAGGCGGCGGCGGCGGCCGACGCUGUCGAGGAGGUGGCUGAGGCACAGGCGGAGCCAGCCGCGGAGGAGGAGGAGGCGGCCGCUGCGCCUUCAGACGCGGAGCUCAAGGCGAUGGCCCUCGAGGCGGAGGCAGCCAAGCUCGAGGCGGAGGCGGCCAAGCUCGAGGCCGCAGCUGAGGCGAUGGGCGACAUCUCCAACCUCAAGGCCCCCAAAUGA